UAAUGAACAAAUGAAAAGGAGGGAAAGGACACGAAAAAAAGAAACUGUAGGUAAAUAAAAUCAACAAUGAUAGCAGGUAAAAGCUUUAGAUUUGAUAAAAAUGGUCAAAUAUUUGAGAAAUGUCAUUAUUUUAAUAUUUUUUUGUUUUCCUUUUUUGUUGAGUUCUUGUUGUUGUUCAGAUACAGUUGCCAUAGAAAAUCACAAGAUGUCAUUGUUAGCCUUUUCACGAUUUCUAGACUUUCUCGUUACAAGUUGCAAUUGUCUUCGUUAAUUUUGUUUCCCGUUUCUCACUGUCAAUCAUUCUAUUGAAUUAUUAAUGAUAAAUAACAUCCCGUUAGUCUACUUGUGCUUUAUUUCCAUGAUUAUAACUUCAUCUAGAAGCUACAUCGCCAUAAUUUUUGACUAACCUCGAGAGAGUGAACAGAUAUGCUCUAUGUGGUUACUUGAAAGAACCUUGUUAUUGUUUGUAUUCUCGUUUGGUUUUACCUUGUAUCGACUUCGCUUAACACCGAUGUAAUUACACGUAUUUUAAAUAAUCACUUUAAAGAUUAAGAAAUUAAUCUUUCAUGAUUGACAAUGAUCAUGUUGUUAUCAAUCACCUGAUAAUUAUUUGACAGUUUGCUUUUGUCUCUGUGAUAACCAAUUGUAUUCUACAUUUGGUAAGGUGGCUUCAACAUGUUUCUACACACUUUAAACAAUAAUCAUCAUCAAUCUAUCAUCCAUCAAUGGAGACCCUGAUCUUUUAUCAAUCCUCUGAAUCAUUGAAAUUCAGUAACCCUUAAUUCAGUUGGUUCUUAAGUAAACCCUGCCCUCUAACGCUUCCUUUUAUUUGGUGAAUCUAGUUUUACUCUUGUGAGUAAAUCCUGUGUAAAUCAGUGACAUUUGGUUUUUCCACUUUCAACUCUCAUGGGAAAGAGAACCAAAUAAUUCAAAUUGAAUCCUAGAUAUCAAUUGAUUUUAUAAUAAUGGGAUCCAUCCAAGCUAUCUUAGACUUUUCUGUUGAGCUUAAUAAAUUCGUGAACAUUAAUCUAUUUCAACGAGGAUUGUAUCAAAUUCGUAUUACUCCAAAGGUUGGCUCAAAAAUACCUCACAAGAUAGAAAUUAACUUCAGUGAUAUUCGUUCAAAUCAAACCUCUACUUCAAUUAUCAAAACUCAACCGGAGAAUGCUGUCUUUCCACCCUGUAUUAUCAAUGGUUCCGCUGUCAGUAAAACAUUCCCAAUCAUGUUCAAGAAUGAAGAAAUGAUCCUCGAAGACACAAUAAAUUUCAAGAUUCACUUGCUGGUAGACGUUUCAACAGCCAUUGAAGUUAUCAACAAGACCACUUUUUUAUUAGACGUUGAAUUAUGGUUUUCCGAACAAGAUUAUACUCCAAGUCAUUCAGCCAGUUCCGUUGAAUGUGUUGCUUCGCGCCAGCUAAUCUUGCAUUUUGACAUUUUUCGUGGACUUCACUAUCAUUUACCGGUCAUUUUUGACUAUUUCCACCUCUCAGCCAUAACUAUUACCAUUCAUGGAUCUUUAAUUACUCUAUGUUUACCUUACAUGAUGAAAUCGGGAAAAUAUAAAAAUAGUAGCAAGGAAUCUGGCGAAUAUGAAACUCAAAGUUAUGACAUUUUACUGUUUGGAUGCCCACUCGAUGCAUUCCCUGAUCUCGAUAAAGUUGGCCCUGAAAUGAAGGCUCUGAGAAUGCGACGAGCACAAUUGAUACACUGGCAAAUGUGUUCAAUUAUGUUAACUGCCAUAAUCAAAUUGCGAAAGAAAUUGCGUGAAUAUAUUAACAUGUUACCUCCUUGGGUUCAGGCUAGAUAUGUUGGACUUGAUUUAUCUCUAUCUACCAAAAAUCUUAGUGGACUGGCAAAGAAAUGUUACCAAAGCUCGAUUGAAAAUUUUCCAAAUACCUCAUCAACUCCAUUAAUUUCUUAUCAGAAUUCAUCUUCUCCUCGUAAUGGAACCAUUCCUCCCAAUGAAUGUACAAAAUCAUCUUCUUCAUCAUCUUCCUCGUCUUCUUCUUCAUCAUCAUUCUCAUCAUCAUUUUCAAUUUCAUCCUCAUCAUCAUCUUCAAAUAAUUUAUCCCCAAACCGUCCAGAUGAUUAUGUCACUCUAGUUGAAAAUGAUAUGGCUCAUAUUUGUAGUUUUGCCAUUUUUUUGUGGCAAUCUUUUCUUAAAGUUGUAACGAAUAAUGAUAAAAUUAUUCAAUAUUUGGCAAAAGUUCAUCAUCUUCAUCGUAUUAAGCGAUUCUCUGAAGCCUUUUUCACUAUUGAAAAACCUAGGAAAUCCAUAUACUCUAUCUGUGACCAGAAUACUGCCCUUUUUAAUGAGAUCAGUGAACAGCUUAGAAAAUCAAGUUAUCUUUCUUUGUUGCCUCAAUGCAACGUUGAAUGUCUUGCUAUGGAUGGUGAUGCAAAUACGUUGCCAAUUAUUUAUGAGGAGCAAUUUGAUUCGGAACCAUUAUCACAUUCCCAAUCUAAUUCAUCUCUUUCCAAUCUCUCAAUUGACGAUAAAAGUGAAUCUGAACAGUUAUUGCUUGAAGCAACUGCAAGCUGCUCAUCCAAUGGACUUGGCGGAGGACGAAAAAAUCUGCGUGAAAAAUUUCUCAAUAACUUAAAUAGACUUAAUUUUGGAUAUAAACAAGGAAAAGAAGAAUACUCUCCCAUUUCUAGUCGAGGCGGUGGAAAUCUCAAUUAUAAUGGCAAAAGAUCGGACAAAGUCUGCUAUUCACCUUAUUUAUCAAAUAGUACCAGUGCUAGUGAAAUUCAUUCCAAUGUUACUUUACUUGGUUUCAGAAAAUUUGACCAUGAAAUAAUCGAUCCUCCAGAACCAUGUCAUUCUUCAUCUUCUUCAUCAUCUGAUCACAAUUCCAUUUCAUCUGCUUUCAAAAGCAUUAAAGCUAGUGAAUCUCUUCCUGAUCUUAAUUCGAGAAUAAAAGCGUCAAAGAAAAGCUCCAAGCAAUUCCAGUUAGCUUUUUCGUCCUUAAAAAUUAGUGAAAGUUCAAAUAUGCUUAGCGAUCCAGUUAAACCACCAGAACAUUUUCGUGAUAAAUCUUCUAAAAAGAAAUCUGAUGCUCACCGGUCAGAGAAUGAAUUUCAUGGAACAGUUUAUUUUCCAAAGCCACCUCUUGAAUUUACUGAUCAACCAGUCAUCAGUGACGAGGAAGAUAGUUUAGAUUGUGAUGUACAAACAGAGAACGCCAAAGAUGACGAUGAAGAGUUAUUAACGCCAAGAGCGGAAAAUCCUCCAUUCUUUAUUACUGAUGAACCUCAAUCUACCCAAAAACCUCUAACCAACCAAAUGUCUAAUCAUAAUAAUAAUAAUAACUCAUCAAAUGACGUUCGUUUGCGUCAAAAAACUAAAUCCAAAGUUGAACCUAGACAAGCAACUGCCGUUGAUAAUUGUGGAAUACUCGAUAUUUUCAAGAAUAACGAAUGUUUCAUUUGCGGAGACUCCAAAUGCUCCUGUUCUAACGGUGACGAGGAAGAGGCCAUGCCAAGCCUUAAGCGUCUUUCAGCCAUAACCUCGGAUCUCAUUACAUUUGUAAAGAGUAAAGAAGAUUUCAGGAACUUGGCUGAUCUUAAAUCUCUUGGUUGGAAUAUUUAUUCUGAUUUUACUAGUCUUGCUUCCCGCAUUCCAUAUUUCCAGUGUGAUCCUGAUUUAAGAAUUUUUGACACCGAUGGUCUUCAUCUAGUUGUUUGUGUUCACGGAUUGGGAGGCAACAGCGCUGACCUGCGUCUGGUUAAAACAUAUCUUGAAAUCGGUUUGCCAACCACAAACUUUGAAUUUUUAAUGUCUCAAAAAAAUCAAGGAGAAACCUUUGAAAGCUUUGAUGUAAUGACAUCUCGUUUAGUGCAAGAAAUUAAUUAUCACAUUGAAGUCUAUGCCUUGAAUCCAACCAAAAUCAGUUUCAUUGGACAUUCACUUGGAAACAUCAUAAUUCGAGCUUGUAUAUCUCAUCCUGAGAUGCGUUGCUGGAGAUCAAAGUUUCAUACAUUUUUAAGCCUAUCCGGACCUCAUCUUGGAACCGUUUAUAACAAUAAUGGAUUAGUCAAUAUGGGAUUAUGGUUCAUGCAGAAAUUGAAAAAGUCUGAAUCUUUGCUUCAACUUUCCAUGAAAGACUCAACCGACCCUAGAAAAACCUUCCUGUACAAAUUAAGCCAAGAACCGGGACUCGAAUUUUUCCGUUACAUUCUUCUGUGUGGAUCAUCUCAGGACCAUUAUGUUCCCAUUCACUCAUCUCACAUUGAAUUGUGCACUCCAUCCAUCAAUGAUACAUCCAUGAUAGGAAUCUCAUAUCGAGAAAUGGUUACAAAUCUUCUUCAUCCGAUAGUUAAAAAUGGCCAUUCAAAGUUGAUUCGAUAUGAUGUUCACCAUGCUUUAUCUUCAAAUGCCAAUUCCAUAAUAGGUCGAGCGGCUCAUAUUGCUGUCCUUGAUUCCGAGCUUUUCAUUGAAAAGUUUAUGGUUGUUGUUGGCUUGAAAUACUUUGUCUGAAAACACUUGAAUUAAUCUCAAUUCAAGGGAUCAUCUCAAUAAUCAUAUUUAGAUGUAAAACAUUUAUUCCUUGACUUUGACCAAAAUUGAGUCGCCACAUUGACUGGUUAUAAUUAAUCUUAAACACUGAACACUCCCAGUUAUCCAAUGGAAUCCAAGAUAACAUUUUUACAAACCAAUGUUUUCUCAGCCUUUGCAAACUUGUCAUUGAAUAUGAAAUGGUAUCGAUCUUCAUGUUGAUAGAUGGAUAAGGUUCAACCAAAAGCAUCAUUAUCAUCAUUAUUAUCAGCUAAAGACAACAAUCGUAUUACCAUGAAUAAGUUGGAAAAGUUUGGAAAAGGGAAAAAUGCUGAAUAAAAUUAUCAUUAUUGCCAUUCAGCUAAAUGCAGAAUCGAGCUUGGUCAUCUCAAUGUUGCUCUAAUAUUUACUGGCAAUGGAUUUGGAUAAAUGAUGACAUUAGGUCGACAAGUUGAGAUGAAAAUUAUUCAAACUUAUAUAUUUAUAUUAGUUGUACAUCUUGCUGUUAUCCAUAAACUGUUAUCAAUAGAUUCACCAAAAAUAAUCAAAAAUGCACUUGAACCAUGAGAUGAAACAACAACUUAGUACAAAAGAAAGUUGAACAAAAGGCAAACUGAUUCAUUUGAAAACUCUGUCAACAUGAAACUCGAAGAAAGUGUCUUACAAUUUAAAUCGUCAAUUCAUUGAUUCCUGACAAGUAAACAUUGUAAGCCAAAGUUGAUUUCAAUUUAAUCACAACAAAGUGCUGUUGAUCAGCAUUUAGCACUGAUUAAUUUGAAACAUUUACAUUCCUAUGUUCAACUUUUCCCUUUUUGUUUCUUUUUCGUGAGUUUCCCUGAAUCGCUAAUUGUAUUGAUUUACAUUAAAUAAAGACUUUUAAAUCUAAA